UGGCGUCAAAUGCAACCAACCCCCAUCUCCUCCUCUUCGAGGCUCCCCUUCGAAGCAUGCUUUCACUCUCUCGUGUGUAUUUUCUCUGGCUAUGGGUCUCAAUGCUCUCUGCCAUCCGUCGCGAUGCCCUCUCGCGUCGUCGUUAUGCGCGCUAUUCUGGACUCUUCUGUAGACUCGAGAGAAGCCGAUUCCAACGAUCCUCUUCGUUUCUAAUUCCGUCGAAUAUUGGUUGAAAAUUGGGAGGGUUACUUGAUUGUCUCGAAUCACUCACUGUUAAAUGGCACGGUGUUCUUGGUUCGCCAGACGCUGGGAAAAUAGCUGGUCUUCCGUUGUAGUGGAGGGUUGAUUUCUAUGAAUGUGUUGUAGUUUAAAAGUCGAUUGAUUGUGAGAGGAAUUUGUCGCAACUGCGGAAUUCAUCUCUUUACUUUUUCUUCGCAUCGGAAUUUGAGGAAGUGUGUGGUUGAAGUAAGGCAGCAGUGCACGUUAAAUUGAACGAGGUAGAGGGAGGUAGGAAGGAAGAGUAUCUAUGGUAUCACAAGUCGAUGCUGUUUUGGACAAUUCGUGCUGUGUAUCUACGGUAGGGUGUUUAGGAAGAGCUUAGAGACUCUUGUUUUGGGGUUUUGGAGCUUUGGCCUUUGUUCUUGCCGUCGGAGAUAUGUGUGGCAAUUUGGCUCUGGUUUAGUCCAGAUCUCUCGGCAUAAUCUAGGAUUUCAGGUUUUCCUUUUAUAGUUGAAUAUGAGAAAGGUUCAAGGGACGCUAUGCUGGAAGGUAUGGAGGUAAGCCGAUACCCGUGGUACAAAGGGUUGGACUUGUAGUGGAUUGGCCAGCUUUCUCUUUGGUUUCUCUGCGAUACUGCAAUCAAAGCAGUCGCUCAUUACUUCAGAUAACAACCUGCACGGACGAAAGGAUAAGACUCUCCUUUGAGUAUCCCAAAUUCAUAAAGUGGUGAGAAAUACCCUAUGGCUGCCGCAGAAGCCCGUGCCGUCUGGCAGCGGACUGCGAUAAACCGUGCCGUUCAGGAAGAUACGGUUAAAGCCCCCAAGUUGGCACACUGUCCUUCCUUGAAGGCACAAGAUUCUCACUCGUCCUACCUCGGUAAUAGCUGGGGUUCUAUGGACACGAAAGUUGAUUUACCUCGACAGCUGAGCUCGAGUACUCAUCGUGAUUAUCGAUCCGAGUAUUUUGGAGUAGAGGAUUUUGUUGGAUCGCGGUUCAAGCCAGGUUUACAAGCCCUUGCGGCUGAGCGAGGCAGCACCAAGAGUGGAAGCCCAGGUUACAUGGGUGUACCAUCCGAGUAUUCUGUUGGCAGUGAAGUUGACAUUGGGUGGCAGUUCGUCUUGGAUCCAAAGCCUAAGCCAGGACAUGCUUCUGGAUUUGAAGUGCUAGACAAGGAGUUCGAAAAAGACAAUGUUGCGGCUAGUUUAGUUGAAGAAGGGGUUGAGACAGAAUCUGUAAAUGACGAAGAGAUAAUCUUCCAUUGUGCCAUGGCUCAAGAGAUGAGUAACGACAGCGUCAUGACAGAAGAGAUAACAAAGAAAGAUGUUGAAGGGUUGACGGAUCAGCCUUCCAACUGCAGUUUGGAACCCAAUGAAACAUCAAGGAAACUGGGAAAUGCGAGUGUACACGGAAAGGGGGAAGUGAAUUCUGUGAUGAUUGAGCGUUCUGCGGAAUGUCUUCCGGCAUCUACUUGGUCAUUAACAAACAGUCCAUCUUCUAAAGCAUCAAAUUCGUGGCGUACAGCAGACAAGGAAGCUUUGGCUGUAUUAGUUGCACAGAAAACAUCAGAAAAGCUUGAAAAUUGUGAUCUUCCUACUCCGAGAUCUAAGUGUAGGACAAUUAUGGACAGUUGGGAAGUGCUUGAGGAAAAUCCUCUAGAUGCCUCAAAAUCCGUAGAUCGUGACUUAUUUACUUCCUCAUUUCAGGAUGGUGAUUCGUCUCAUCUUGAGAAUGUGGGUCUACAUACAAACACACGUCCAUCUACUAGAUCAGAACCCAAGUCUUCAUCAUUUCUUCCGGCAACUACUCAGCCUCUCAAUAUUUCCGUGGGUCGUAGUAUGCCUAUGCAUCAUCGUCUUUCACAUAGCUACAGUGCUGACAACAAAAGUACAAGCUGGAGUGGCGGUGGUGGAGGUGGAGCAACUGGCAGUUUCUUAAAUAAAAGUUUGAAUCCUUUAGUAGAAGCACUGUGUCACUCUCAAACUCGAGCUAGAGAAGCUGAACAAAGAUCCGAGCAGGCCACCAGAGAGUACAAAAGCAUGUCUCACUUGUUUUUCCGAGAAGCUUCUUUGUCUCUUACGUACCGUCACUGGAUUUGUUCUUUGCAAGCGGAAAAUGCAUGGCUCAAAAUGUGUGUCCAGAACCAUCAUGGGGCUAUAUGGCUUCAGCACAGUUUCCCGUCAACUUCUGUCGUUCUUGACCAAUUGUCGAACGGUCCUUGGAAACUUUUUAUGAAGGAGAACAUUCAUCGCCAGAUGUUAAAGCAUUUCUCAGACGUCUGGCGCUGCAAGGACUCAAGCAUAGGUGCUACUGCGAGGAACGUUAAAGAUGACGCUAAUUUUCUUCUGGGUUGCACCAUUGGACUUGCAUUUGCACUUGGUCUCACUCUGGCUGGAGCUGGACUUGUGCUAGGGUGGAGGAUGGGAUGGAUUACCUUUCCCUGUCAAGGUGCGAUUCGCUGAUGCUGUGAAGACUUCUUUCUUAUGUUGAAAGACGACCGGAGACGAAGACGAGGGGCUCCGCAUAUUACCGAUGGGAAUUAGUUGUAAUAAUGCGAAUGUUUUGUGAUGUCCUGAGCUGGAACUAUGGUAGUUCGAAUUCCUGGAUAAUCACUAGGUUUCAGUGGGCCAGAAUAGUGGAGCAGGAUUAUAAUUAAGUGUAGAUGUUAAUGGGAGGGUCACCAAGUCGCACUGGAUAUACAAUUCAACGGCUUCUCCGUUGGUUAUUGUCAAGGUAACUUGAUACGUAGAUGUACAAUAGAAAUGAUGUAGCUCUCUUGCUGAUUUUUCGGAACAGCUUGUAAAGUAUCCUAUAUGCAGUGAACAGUUUGAUCGACAUUUGGAACAGUUAAUUAUCAAGAUCUCUCUGUUCGG